AUGGCACCUCCCAAAAUCCUCUUCUGCGGUGAUGUUUUUGGCCGCCUUAACCAGCUCUUCAAGCGCGUCUCUUCGGUGAACAAAUCAGCGGGUCCAUUCGAUGCUUUGCUAUGUGUGGGACAGUUUUUCCCGGACGCUCCGGACAAGAUCGAGGAGUUCAAUGAAUACAUCGAGGGCCGGUCGAAGAUUCCUAUUCCGACUUACUUUAUUGGCGACUAUGGGGUUGGGGCACCAAAGAUAUUGUCCGGUGCAGCGAAGGAUCCCAUGAACCAGGGGUUCAAGUUGGAUGGCCUAAAAGUAUGCCAAAAUUUGUACUGGUUGAGAGGAAGUGGAAAGUUUACGCUUCAUGGUUUGUCUGUGGUAUACUUAUCCGGUAGGCGAUCUGCAAGUGCUCAACAAUUUGGAACAUACAGUCAAGAUGAUGUUGAUUCAUUGAGGGCAUUAGCAGAGGAGCCAGGACUGGUGGACAUCUUUUUGACAUAUCCUUGCUAUAUUCGUAUUAUUCGCAUGAAUCUCUCUCCCCCUGCCUCUCAGCCUCCAAUUAUUUCCUCUAUAAGAAUAUCAGAUUUAUCUGGUGGCGAUUCCACAGUAUCAGAAUUAGUCGCAGAGAUCAAGCCACGAUACCAUGUUGCAGGAACUAUGGCCGUCUUUUAUGCUCGUGAACCAUAUAUCAAUACUGAUGCUGUACACGUGACUCGUUUUUUUGGCCUUGCUCCAGUGGGAAAUAAAGAUAAACAGAAGUUUAUGCAUGCAAUUUCUCCGAUGCCUGCUUCUAUGAUGUCGACUUCUGAGCUUUGCACGAAGCCGCAGAAUGCUACUUUGUCUCCAUAUACAGUUGUGGACAAAGCAAGCCCCACCAAUGGAGCAACAAAGAGACCUGAUGAUUCUGAUUCGCAGUAUUGGCGGUAUGAUGUCUCACGGAAAAGGCAAAAACAUGGAGAUAGUGAUGGUGAUAAAUUGUGCUUUAAAUAUGUAUCGUCUGGGUCUUGUCCGAGAGGCGAGAAGUGCCAUUUUCGACAUGAUACAGAUGCUAGGGAACAGUCUCUGAGGGGUGUCUGUUUUGACUUUUUAAACAAAGGACAGUGUGAAAGAGGCCCAGAUUGCAAUUUUAAGCACAGUUUACAAGAAGAUGGAGAAGGAUUUCCUAGUGGGAGAUCUGGAUCUCGGACAGGAGGCUCUAACAGGUCCAAGGAAUGCUGGUUUUGUUUGUCAAGCACCAGUGUGGAGUCUCAUUUAAUCACUACUAUAGGAGAACACUACUAUUGUGCACUUGCUAAAGGACCAUUAGUACAAGACCAUAUUCUAAUAAUACCUGUUGAACAUUCACCAAACACACUUUCUCUACCAUCAGAAUGUGAAGAGGAAUUAUCUAGAUAUCAAAGCAGUCUUAAAGCUUAUUUCAAGAACCAAGGGAAGGAAGUAGUUUUCUUUGAGUGGGUUUCCAAAAAAGCAACUCAUGCAAAUCUUCAGGCUGUUCCUAUUCCAUCAUCUAGAGCAUCUUCUGCUGAAGAUAUUUUUAAUUUAGCUGCUAAAAAGAUGGGUUUCAAAUUUUCCACAAUCAAAAAUUCAGAAGGAAGGAAAAUGUUGCGUUUGCAUUUCGACAGGAAUUUCAGUUUAUUUUAUGUGGAAGUUCCUGGGGGUACAAUCUUGUCCCAUGCUGUUGAGGAGAAUGAAAAUUUUCCUGCCCAGUUCGGUCGGGAGGUUAUGGCUGGGUUGUUGAAUAAGAUUUUAAGAGUCGAUUUGAGGAGUAUGACACAAAUCGUUGAUUUUUACAACAGAAGGAUUCGGAUUAUCAUCAUUCUGGAAGCUGGAUCAUGUGUACCUACUAACGCAGAAAGCCAUCAUCCUUAG